AUGAUAGUCAAAGAUGAGUUACCUUUUAGGUUUGUUGAACGUGAAGGUUUUCGUCACUUUUGUAGUGUGAUGCAACCUAAUUUUAGAAAACUUUCACGCAUUACAGUGGCAAGGGAUUGUGUGACAUUAUUUAGUAAUGAGAAAAAGAAAUUGAGGAAUUUGUUCAUGAAAUCAAAUCAAAGAAUUUGUCUUACUACUGAUUCAUGGACUUCCCUACAAAAUGUUUCUUACAUGUGCCUCACAGCACAUUUCAUCGAUAAGGAUUGGAAAUUACACAAAAGAAUUUUAAGCUUUUGUGUAAUAUCUAGCCACAAAGGUGAGGCAAUUGGGAGGGCAGUAGAGGCAUGCUUGAUUGAUUGGGGUAUAGAGAAAUUGUGCACACUAACUGUUGAUAAUGCAAGUGCUAAUGAUGUUGCACUUGCAUAUUUGAAGAGAAAGUUCUCUAAAAAGAGUGAUGCCUUUAUUUUAAAAGGUGAGUUUUUUCACAUGAGGUGUUGUGCCCAUAUCAUUAAUUUAAUUGUGAAAGAUGGCUUGAAUGAAAUCAAAGGGUCGGUAACUCGAAUUCGUGAUGCUGUGAAGUAUGUUAGAAGUUCUCCUCAAAGAGAGCAACGUUUCAAGUCAUGUGUAGAGAAUGAGAGGAUUAAUCAUAAGAGUUCUUUGUGUUUAGAUGUUCAAACACUGUGGAACUCUACUUUUCUCAUGUUAAAUACUGCACUCAAGUUUCAAAAAGCUUUCGAAAGAUUAGAAGAUGAGGAUCCACAUUUUUGCUUAGAACUUAAUGAUAUACCUCCUACCACCAAAGAUUGGGAUGAUGCUAGGCAUUUUACUUCAUUUUUGGAAAAAUUCUAUGAUGCCACUGUUCAUUUGUCUGGUUCUUUGUACAUUACUUCUACUAUGUAUUUUACUGAAGUUUGUGCAAUUGAAGGUUUCUUAUGUGAAUGUGCAAAGAGUUUGGAUCCUUCUUUAAGUGUAAUGGCUAUGAAAAUGAAGAGCAAGUUUGAUAAGUAUUGGGGAAAAAUUGAAAAAGUGAACAUGUUGUUGUUGAUUUCUGUUGUGUUGGAUCCCCGUUGCAAGUUAAGAUAUGUCAGUUUUUGUUACUCUGAACUUCAUGAAGCUGCCACUGUGAUUGAGCUUACAAAGAAGGUAAGAGAGGCAUUGAAUCAAAUUUAUGAUGAGUAUCAAAAGCUUGAAUUUGGAAUGUGUUCUUCUUCUAACCAGACUUGUGUUGAAGUUGAUCAACCAAUUAGUGGAGCAAGUAAACAGUUAAUGUCUCUCAAAUCAAAGUUUCAAAAACAUUUGGCACAAGAACAAUGUGAUGGUGGAAAGUGA